AUGGAAACCACAUGCCUUUCCCAGUCAUUCAUCAGCCACCAAUACUUCUCAACACUUGAAAUCCUCUUCCUGGCGCUUCCAUUUAGCAAACAAAGUGCAACAAUUGAGUGGAAUUUUGAGAAGCUCAGGCUAGAAGGAUUGGUCGUGUCUGGCAAAAGUACCACUCCUCGCCAUUUUUCACUGCAAUCCCAGGACAAUUCACUGGCUAAUUUCCCAAAUGCUACACAGAAUUUCCAUUUGAAUGAUGCCACUGGAGAUUCAAAUGCUCACGCCAUCUGGGACUUGGUGGAUGUCAAUGCAGUUCUGCAGACAGGAUCCAAUAUCCCUACAGCUGUCCGAAAAGUGACACAUCAAGUACACAAAUUCCGAAAGCUCAGGGCUAAGCAUCUCUUUAGGGAAUACUGUGAAAAGUCCACGGUACAUGGUAUGAAGUAUUUUGCUGAGAAGGAUAGACCUGCCUGGGAGAAGCUUCUGUGGAUAGUUCUUUUUGUUAUGUCUUUGUUUGCUUGCGGGAAGAUGAUAGAGAGGGCUUGGCUAAAGCUCAAUAAUAGUCCCUUGGCAGUUACCUUUGCUGAGAAAGCUGUGCAUAUCACGCAAGUUCCCUUUCCAGCUGUAACUAUUUGUUCAUCGGUGAAAUUCCAAAGCCGAGAUUUCUCCUUCAAGAAGUACCAGGAGGAUCCUGAAAAGUACAAACACUGGGAAGAGACAUACAGAAAUCUUGGACAACUUUGUGACAACUACGACCCGCUUCCGGGUAAUUUGGAUAAUGAUAUUCUGGAUAUUAUCCGGAAGCACAGUCCAGAUGAUAGGAGUAUGAUAAAAAUGAUCACUUUUCGGGAUGAUAAACUCAACACAACGGACUCCUUUCAUGAAAGUUUCACUACACAGGGCCUGUGCUACACUUUCAACCGUUUACCGCUUCAGGACAUCUAUAGGCCUAGCUGCGUCUUCAGCCAGGAGAAUGAAUCAUUUCCUCUUAAUGCGAAAGUUAACUGGUCAGUCGAAACAGGAUUCACUGAUUACCGGGAGACGUAUCCUCGUCGAGCAGUAAACAUCCGUCAAGAGAGCGGCCUUCAGAUCAUUCUGCAGAUCAACAAGAAAGAUGUUGACAUUCUUUGUCAAAAUUCCGCUGGUUACAUGUUGCAGUUUCAUAGUCCUAGUGACAUCCCUCGAAUGGACGAACAUUCUGUAAUCAUUCCCGUUGACCGCUUUGCACAGAUCGCCAUUGAGCCUCGUCUGAUCAAUACUCCACGGAAUGUCGAGGUCUAUCCUCCCGAACAGAGGGAGUGCUACUUCAACAGCGAACGAAAACUGCAGCAUUUUAAGAUCUACAGCGAGAGGAAUUGCAAGAUGGAAUGCCUAGCGAACUGGACCCUUACUCUCUGCGGAUGUGUCUCGUUCUUCAUGCCAAGAAACAGCAGCGUUCCGAUAUGUGGUCCUAGUGCUAAGAGUUGCAUAGACAAUUGUCUGACCUUGAUGGAUCGUCCCGAUGCUGCUGUGAACUUUACUCCUCCGAACUGCGACUGUAUGCCAAGUUGUGUAAGUCUCUCCUAUAACGCAGAUCUGACCCACAACGCCAUUGACUACGAAGCUCUAGCUACAGUCGAUGAUAGGUACAGAGAUCCAAGUACAAAGAAGUUCCACAUCUACGUCAUGAUUUACUUCAACGAGAACAAGUUCUAUGCAAUGCAACGGUCCGAACUCUUCGGUCAGACGGACUUCAUCUCGAGUGUCGGAGGGUUCCUAGGCCUCUUCAUGGGCAUUUCAGUACUAAGCCUAAUUGAAAUUAUCUACUUCGCAACCGUACGUUGGAUGAAACUUCUACCAUCAGACUAUGGGAAAUCCAAGCAUAAGAAAUCUUCAAAGAUGAAGAAGAACGCUUCAUUUACGCAGAAUCUCUUUACAGUUGAUGGUAUUGGGGAUGGUCAGGGAGAGAAUGAGAAAUUUUACAGCUGGGAGCCAAAGUGGCGGAACUUCUAG